AUGUUUGUUAAUAAAUUACAUAAGCGUGUAAUUUUAGCUGAUGGAUGUUCGUCUAUUUCUGUUUACGGUACAUUAAAUUUAUCUAUCAUUAUGGGUGAUACAUCAACUUCUAUUAAAGCAUUUGUUGUUAAAGAAUUAUGUGCUGAUUGUAUACUAGGAAUGGAUUUUAUCAACAAGUAUAAACUAAUUAUAAAUACAGAAGAAAAAAUUGUUUCACUGUAUAAUAAUUAUAAACGUACAACAUUAAAAUUUGAUAUUAAUUCAAAUGAAAAUAAAUAUCCAGCACGUCUAAUUAAUAAUAUUCGAAUUCCACCAAAACAGACAAGGUCUAUUCCUGUUUCUAUUGAACUAUUAUCAGCUAAUGUAAUAUUUCGUCCAUCGUUUAAAUUACGACAACGAACAUCUGUACCCACGUUAAAUUCUUCAUUAAAAGUUCAUGAUUAUACCUCGAAUGUUUCACUUUAUAAUCCAACAGAUUAUUCAUGUUCAUUACCGAAAGGUUUAAUACUGGGAACAACUACUAUUCCUACAUUAUCUUUUAGUAAAUGUACAUCUAUUGAUCAUCAAUUAGUUAAUGAUAACAUCAAUAAAUUAAUUCGACAUAUUACAGAUUCAACACAAAGAGAAGAAAUCAAGACAAUCCUUCAUCAACAUGAAAAACUCUUCGAUACAAGUAAACCUGCAAUAGCUAUUAAUGUGAAACCGCAUGAAAUUAAAACACUUGAUCAUCCUCCACCAUCAUCUAGACCAUACUAUUCAACACCUCACAAAGAAGAAGAAAUGUACAAGAUCGUUCAAGAAUUAUUAUAUUAUGGUUUAAUUCGUAAAUCUUAUUCUCCAUUCGCAGCACCAGCAUUAUUAGUGGCUAAACAUGAUGGAUCAUGGCGAAUGGUAGUCGAUUACAAAAAAUUAAAUAAUAUGACAAUUAAAGACAAUCAUCCAUUACCUAAUAUGGAACAAACAAUACGACGAUUAGGUGGUGGUUACAAAUUCUUUUCAAAAUUAGAUAUGAAAAGUGGAUUUUGGCAAAUACCAAUUAAAGAGGAGGACAAACAUAAAACAGCAUUCAUUACAGCUGAUGGAUUAUAUGAAUGGAAUGUAUUAGCUCAAGGUUUGAAGAAUAGUCCACCAUCAUUUCAAAGAGUAAUGGCCGAUAUAUUAUCUCCUUGUCGGCAAUUUUCAUUAGUUUACAUCGAUGAUAUUGUGGUAUUCUCUCGUUCAUUUGAAGAACAUCUUAAUCAUCUUCAACAAUUAUUAUGUAUUUUAUCUAAAUAUAAUUUUCAACUCAAUCCACCAAAAUGUAAAUUAUUCCAUCAGAAAAUUGAUUAUUUAUCUCAUAUUAUAUCUGAAGGAGGUUUUCAACCAAAUAACGAAAGAAUUCAAUCAAUUAUGAAUUUGAGGGAACCUUCUACGUUAGUAGAGGCGAAUAAGUUCCUGGGUGGUUUGUCAUGGUAUAGGAAAUUUAUUCCACGAUUUGCAUCCAUGGCUGCACCUAUUCACAAAGUAACAAAUUUAACAAAAAACAAUAGGAAAAAUUUUAGAUGGGAAAAGCCACAACACGAAGCAUUUUUACAAUUGAAACAGUUCUUAAUAACUUCUCCAUUAUUUCUUGAUUAUCCAAAUGAUAAUUAUCCAGUCAUCUUGACAACAGAUGCAUCGAAAGUUGGUAUUGGGGGAACCUUACAACAGAAUAUUAAUGGUGAAAUUAGGAAUCUUUAUUAUCAUUCACAAGUAACAUCUUCUACUCAAAGAAAAUAUGAUCCAAUCGAAUUAGAAGCACUAGCAAUAUGGAUGUGUUUCCAACGUAUGCGAUCUUAUUUAUUAGGAAGAUCAAUUAUCAUUUACACUGAUCAUUGUCCAUUAUGUAACAUGAUGAGUUCAACAGUGAAGAACCGAAGAGUUGAUCGUAUAUCAAUAUUAUUACAAGAAUUUAAUAUUGAAAAAAUUAUCCAUAUUAAAGGUCAACACAAUUGUUUAGCUGAUUACUUAUCCCGUCAUCCAAUUCCAAGCGAAGAAGAAAUAUUUGAUGAAGAUUAUGGUAUUGUUAAACGAGAUAAAGGGGAACCGACUGUUAUGGGUCGUGUUCCUGAUGAGACUACUCCACUAGCUGGAGCAGUUAUGACAAGAUCCAAAGUGAAACAAUUACAAUUAAAACAAGAUCAAAAUUCAACAACAACACCAACAGAUAGAAAUAAGAUAACAUUACCACCAAUAGAAGAAGAAACUGAUCAAAUGAAAGAAGAUCCAUCACAAAUUAUUGCAAAAAAUACACUGGAUAUAGAGUUAUUAAAAAUUGAACAAGGAAAAGAUUCGGAUAUUCAACAAAAAAUUGCAGAAGUUAUGAAAAAUCCAAUUAAAAGUACUUAUGAAUUCAAGAAUGGUUUAUUAUAUAAGUUAAUGAUUAUGCGUGAAGGUUGUAAUACGAAGAAAAAAUUAAUUUAUUUACCUUCAUCUAUGAUUAAUGAUCUUUUACAAGUUUAUCAUAGUGACCCUCUUAGUGGUCAUUUUGGAGUCCAACGAACAUAUUUGAAAAUUAAAAAUAAAUAUUGGUGGCCGAAUAUGAAGCAAUCUAUUACACAAUAUAUACAAUCAUGUUUACCUUGUCAACAAUAUAAUAUUAGUCGAUUGAAGAAACCUGGUCGAUUACAACCAAUUCCACCACCUGAAGGACCGUUUCAAUUAAUUGGUAUGGAUUAUUGUGGUCCAUUUAAGCAAACUCCACGUGGUAAUCAAUAUGUAUUAUGUCUUACAGAUUAUUUUACGAGAUGGGUGGUUGCUGCUGCUGUACCUGAUUGCUCAGCUCAAACUACUGCUGAGGCAUUAUUUAAUGAAUUCAUUUGCAAGUAUGGGGUACCGGCAGUAAUACUAUCCGAUCAAGGAACGCACUUUCAUAAUCAAUUAAUGGAAGCAAUGUCGAAAUUGAUUGGAUAUAAUCAUACUUAUUCAACAACAUACCAUCCUCAAUCAAAUGGAAUGAUAGAAAGGUUCAACGCAACAUUUGUACCACAAAUUGCCAAACUUCAAGAUAAAGAAAACAACAAUUGGGAUGAAUUUUUAUUACCUGUAGUAUUUGCAUAUAAUACAGGAACGCAUUCAACAACUCAAUAUUCACCAUUUCAAUUAUUAUAUGGUCGAGAACCAAGAUUACCUACUGAUGGACAAAAAUCUUCCUUCACAUUUCAUAAACCAAAUGAUUAUUAUGAGCAAUUAAAGAAAAGUAUGAAAUUGAUACAUGGAUAUGCUCGCGAAAAUAUUAUUCGUAAACAACGUCAAUAUAAAACUCAAUAUGAUAAACGACGUCCUGAUCCUCAUUAUGCAAUAAAUGAUCGUGUUUUAAUUAGAAGACAUGGAAUGAAAAAUAAAUUAGAACCAAAAUUUUCAAUUACACCACAAAUUAUUAUUCGUGCACAACAUCCUGUUUACGUCGUUCGAGAUGAAAUAACUCAAAUUGAAACACAAGUGCACAUAAACGAUAUUAGACCCAUUUAUAUUUCAAAAUUAAAUUAA